AUGGCUGAAAUGAGGAGGGAUACCAAUCAUAGUUUGGAGAGGUUGGAAAGGAGGAUUUCGAGUGGAGAAAAAAAUAUGAACAAGGAGACUUGGCCGCAUGCCAAUGGGCAGGACCAAGAGAGGGGAAGUGAGGAAGAGUUAGCAAGCAACCAUAGUGGUUGCCGAGUGAGGGAGAGAAGGAGUGAAAGAGUAAGAAGAGGGAGUAGAGUGGAAGGAUUUGGGGUUUGUGUGGACCGGUUUGGAAGAGGUGUGGAGUAUGAAGAGACUUAUAGUGUGAGGGAGUCCGAUGAAGAGCCCCGAAUUGCCACUAGACCGAGUGGGAGAAGAAGGGAAGAAAGGGUGAGAAUGCAUCACCAUGGAGAUGUUGAAGAAGAUGAGGGAGAGCCUAGAAGAGAAGUGAGGAAACCAAGGAUAGACUUCCCUAAAUUCAGUGGGGGAGAUCCUUUUGAAUGGAUGGACAAGGUGGAACAAUUCUUCUAUGUCUAUGAAGUUCCACACAAGGAGAAGGUCACACUUGCUAGUUUUCAUCUUGAAGACAAAGCAAGCAAAUGGUGGAGAUGGUUGAGAUCCAUCUAUGAAAAGGAAGGAAGGAGACUUGGGUGGACUGCAUUUGUGAAGGAGUUCAUGACUCAAUGGGGGCCAUCCCCUAUUGUGAAUUAUCAUGGACAAUUAGCAAAGAUCAAGCAAGAAGGAAGGGUGCGGCCUUAUGUUGAAGAGUUUCGCCACUUGCAAACAUUGGUGACGGGUUGGUCGGAGGAAGCCUUGAUGGGCACUUUCAUUGAUGGCUUGAAGCCAUGGCUUGCCAAAGAGGUCAAGUUGAAGCAACCCAACUCUAUGCAAGAGGCCAUGCGCAUUGCAGAAAUCCUAGAUGAUGGCUAUCAAACCGAGAGGAGAAUGAUCAAAGACACCAUCAACCGGGAAGCCAAGACCAUGCCAACCAAAGUGCCAUGGAAGAUCAAAGAUGCAGUCGGCAGCAACCCAAAGAACAACCAGCCACAAGUCAAGCGGCUGUCAAGGGAGGAAGUCCAAGACUACAUCAAAAAGGGCUUGUGCUUCAAAUGUGGGGAGAAAUGGAACCGAGAUCACAAGUGCAAAUCUGGGCAAGCAUUCCUAAUUGAAGUCCAAGAUGCAGAAAUUGAAGUUGCAGAAAAUAGCCAAGCAAGUGAUCCGGAUGAAGAUCAAUCCCACAAUCAGCCAAGUCAAAUGCAAGCGGAGGAAAGUGAUGCAAAAUUAUCCUUGAAUGCCUUGACAGGGGUGCCAAAGCCAAGCACCAUGAGGCUACUUGCAUGGGUCGGCAGAAAUGAAGUCUCACUGUUAGUGGACAGCGGAUCAUCCCACAAUUUUAUCAAUGCAACCAUUGUGCCAAAGUUGGGGUUACAUCCUACAAGCAUUCAGCCAUUUGAAGUAAAGGUGGCCAACGGUGAGAAGCUUACAUGCAAGGAAGUCAUCCAUGAAGUAAAGAUGAACAUUCAAGGGGUAAGAAUCAUGGCUGAUCUUCAUGUGAUUCAAUUAGUAGGCCUUGACAUAGUCCUUGGAAAUGCAUGGUUAAGACAAGUAGGAAAGGUGAUCACUGAUUUUGGAUCCAUGACAAUGGAAUUCAAAUUGGGUAGUCAAAAGAAGAAGUGGGUUGCCUUAGGGAGUAGUGAAGUCAAACCAUGUGAGGCUUAUACCUUAGAAAAACUUUGCAAGGGGGGUGCCCUAUGUGUAGCCAUAAUGUUAGCCACUCAAGACCAAACCGAACCAAAGCCCAUGAAAAAUGAGUUAGAAGGAGUCCCUAGUUCGGUGAGGCCAUUACUAGAAAGACACUUGAAAGUCCUUGAAGUACCAAAGACCAUACCCCCUCAAAGGUUAUAUAAUCAUCCUAUACGACUUAAGGAUGAAUCCAAGGCCGUGAAUGUCUCACCAUAUAGGUAUGCCCACUUCCAAAAGGGAGAAAUUGAGAAGCAAGUUGAUGACAUGCUUAAGCAAGGACUCAUUAGGAGAAGUUCUAGUCCCUUUUCAUCACCUGUCCUCUUGGUUAGGAAAAAGGACAACACAUGGAGAUUUUGUACUGAUUAUAGAGCCCUUAAUGAAGCAACAAUCAAGGACAGAUUUCCAAUACCAACCGUGGAUGAAAUGUUGGAUGAAUUGCAUGGUGCCACAAUCUUUACUCGGCUUGAUUUGAGAGCCGGAUAUCACCAAAUCAGAAUGAAGAAUGAAGACAUUCACAAGACUGCAUUUAGAACACAUUUGGGCCACUAUGAAUACCUAGUCAUGCCCUUUGGUUUGUGUAACGCACCAUCCACAUUUCAAGCGGCAAUGAAUGACAUCUUCCGGGCCUAUCUAAGAAGGUUUGUCAUUGUGUUCUUUGAUGACAUUCUGAUUUAUUCUAAGUCAGUGGAAGAGCACUUGGAACACUUGGAAUUGGUCCUAAGGAUCCUAGAAGAACAUCAAUUCUACAUCAAGGCAUCCAAGUGUGCAUUCAUGCAACAUGAAUUGGAGUAUUUGGGCCAUAUCAUUUCGGGAGAAGGAGUCAAGGUAGAUCAAAGGAAAAUUGAGGCCAUGGUAGAUUGGCCACUACCCCAAAGCAUCACGGCAUUGAGAGGAUUUCUUGGAUUGACCGGCUACUAUAGAAGGUUUGUCAAGAAUUAUGGGUUGAUUGCUAAAUCCUUGACAAACAUGCUGAAAAAGGGAGAAUUCUCUUGGACGGAUGAGGCAAGGAAAGCAUUUGAAGACUUGAAACGGAUGAUGACCCAAACACCGGUUCUUGCCUUGCCUAAUUUCAGCAUUCCCUUUGAAGUUUAUACAGAUGCAAGUGGGGACGGAAUAGGGGCAGUGCUAGUUCAAAACAGAAGGCCCAUUGCAUUCAUGUCAAAGGCACUCGGACCACAGAAAAAAGCCAGCAGCACCUAUGCCCGAGAAUUAAUGGCUGUGGUUCAUGCAGUAAAAAUCUGGAGGCCAUAUCUAUUGGGGCGAAGGUUCACAAUUGUGACAGAUCAGCAGGCCAUCCGCCAUCUCCUAGAACAAAAGAUCACAACGCCCGAGCAGCAGAAAUUUUUGGUGAAACUAUUGGGCUUUGAGUAUAACAUUGUCUAUCAACCGGGAAGAGACAAUAAGGUAGCCGAUGCAUUGUCAAGAAAAGAAGGAAGUCCUCUUUUGAAGAUAGAAGAUUAUCAGCCCAUCACCCUUGAGGACAAGGGAGUUCUUCAAGAGGGGAGGAAUGGUGAGAGACAAGCACAGAGGAGUGCCAACAGCAGCCAACUCAAGUCUCUGCAGUGGCCACAGCUUGGCCAACAGCAAGAAACUGCCAACAUCCAAAGUUGCAGGCCAUUGCCAACAACAGCCAGAAACCGCCAGCAACCACCGCCAAGCCAAGCAAGCAGCCAACCAAAUGGCAACCGAAUCAAGACAGCAAACCAAGCAAGGGAAGUUCCCAAGGAGUUGCCACAGCAUGCAAACAGCCAGCCGGAUGGAAGCCUUUGUAGGCCAUUGUAG